AUGUGCGAAACUUGAAAAAUCAGAGCCAUCAAAAUGGAACCCCUGGCCAAAGAACAAAGCCGAACACGCUUUUGACUGCUUCUUCAAAAUCCAGGCAUCGUCAAGUUCGCUGAAUCCGCCAUUCGCCUGUAAGUCCGGUCGCCCAUGGAUUUCCCUCCGAUCUACCAUCUCCCUCUUGACUCUCUCCACCAGAUCUUCUCCUCCCUCCCUCUCCGUCAGAUCAUCAUCUGCCGCGCCGUCUCCAAGUUCUUCCAUCAUUUCCUCACAUCUCCUUCCUUCGUUCACUCUGUCUCUUCCCAGCAUCCACCUCUCUAUCUCCUUGCUCUUCGCCCACCUCACCAUCGCCAUCUUCAUCACGCCCAACGCCAUCAUGUCUCCUCCUCUUCUUCCCUUGACGUCUUCGAUCCCGACCUCAAUCAAUGGCUCAAGUUCCCUCUCGAGUUCAUUCCAUUUCGGUUGCUUCACCCCGUCGCAUCCUGCCUGGGACUGAUUUAUUUCUGGGGUGAAUCUUCUGACUCGCUCGAUUCGAGCAAGUCACUGGUUGUCUGUAACCCAUUGACACGGCAAUUUCGGGUCUUGCCGCAGCUGGGAUCCGCUUGGUCGCGUCAUGGGUCAGUCCUUGUUGACUCGGCUAAUCGAGUCAUGGUUCUUACUGAACUCGCGGCUCUUUACUUCUCGGGCACAUCCAAAAACUGGCUGAAGUUCUCAUCGAAUUUGCCUUCAAAACCUAGAAGCCCAAUUUUGGUUUCUGACUCUGUUUAUGCGCUUUGUGAUGUUGGGUCUCCUUGGAGAAACCAAUGGAAGCUGUACUCUUGCAAUCUCACCAAGCUUACUACAUCGCAGACUUGGACCCGUCUUGAAAGGCAGGAAUGGAAGGACGUGUUCGAUAUCUUGAAACGGCCCCGUUUGGUACGUGGAGUUGGAAAUCGGAUUUUGAUGAUUGGUGGGUUGAAAUCUUCCUUCUCAUUGAACUCGCCUUGCUCAACAAUUUUGAUUUUGAGGUUGGAUUUGGACACAUUGGACUGGGACGAGGCAGGGCGAAUGCCGGUGGAUAUGUUCAAGUGUUUCCAGGAAUCAAGCAAGUUCAAAGUGUUUGGUGGCGGAGAUAGAGUUUGUUUCUCGGCCAAGAGAAUUGGGAAAUUGGCGUUGUGGGAUCGGUGCGGUGCUGUUGGGGAUUGGCGAUGGAUAGAUAAGAUGCCUGGAAAUGGCGAUGGGCUUUAUCGGGGAUUUGUGUUUGAAGGAAGGCUAACGUCUUUACCUUGACGGGUAAUGCUCCUUUUUCACUUGCUAUGUGGAAUUGGAGGAUGGGUAUGCUUGUAACUUGUAAGGAUUGUUUGUUGUAUGACUAGUCUAUCUUGAACUUUAUUUGUACCAAACUAACAAUGUUUAAUCAAUGCAAUUCAACUAAAUUUCAGAUUUUUCUAA